CUCAAAAAGAGGCGCCGCCCAACAUAGGCUCUCUGGUUAUGCGCGAAGGUCUCGACUUGUUGCUCCAACUCCGACUGUGUGCUAUCUUUGUACCGUACCGAUGGCCAAGGGGGAGGACGCUGUUAGAAGGAAGAAGAACAAAGCGAAUCGCAAGAAGCUCCGAAAGCAGAAUGACUCCUCCUCUGUUUCUGCCAGGGUGGCCGCCAUCAUCGCCGCCAAGAAGCGCCGCCUCUCCGGAAAACGCCGCAUGUGCCAGGGGAUGUGCUUUAGCCUGCCUACUCCGGAUGAUCCAUUCAAUGAUCGACAUGGGAAACCAGAAUUAAAAAAGAAGCGUUCUGAAAAGCAAAGUCAUUCCCAGAAAGACGGGAGGCCUGAUGAUGGGAAGAGUGCUGCUAGAAAGACAGACAUGCUAGGAGAGGAUGUUUCAAAAUCUAACAAGUUAAAGGACAAUGAGGUCACAGAUCUGAAGAAUAAACAUAAAUCUGUCACAGCCACCCAUUAUCUGGGCCAGGAAUAUAUUAACCCAGAAAGAGCAAAUAUUGAGGUGACUAAGAAGGGCAGCCUUUGCUUCCCCAAGGGAAGAGACGGUGAAAACCCUGAGACCCCUUCCAAGUUUCUUAUAUGGUGUUUAAGUUCAAUUGAAAAUGCACUGCGGCAUGAUGAUGCUUACACUGAUCAAGAGGGAGACUCUUUGCUUUACCCAUGGGGAUUAGAAUUUUGGAAAUGUUAUUGUACUGGGAAAGAUAUUAUGGAGACCAAUGGAAAUUCUGCUACCACCGAACAAAUUGCAUGGAUGGUUUCUAGUGCUGCUGAUACUAUUGCAAGAAAGGAGAAAGAAGGCUUAUCCCUUGGCAGUCCCUUUCUUCUAUUUCUUGUACCCACCCAAGAAAAAUCUGUUAAGGUCCGCUUAGUUUGCAAGGCUUUGAAGCCUCUUGGAAUUCAUACAGUGAGUAUACAUCCAGGUGCCUCCUUAGACCACCAGAUUCAAGGUCUGAAAUGCUGUGAGCCUGAGUUCCUUGUCUCUACUCCUGAAAGGCUUUUGGAACUUGUCUCUUUGAAGGCUAUUGAUAUAUCUGGUGUCUCUAUGCUGGUUGUUGAUCAGCUGAACUCUUUCUUUAGUGCUGGCCAAAUUGAUGCUAUAAAAUCGAUCAAGGAUUCUGUUUCUGGUGCUCCCCAACUUGUGGUUUUCAAUGAUUGCACCCACUUUACAUCUAUUCCGGCAGUUCAAUAUCUUUUGGCAGGACCAAUUUGUAGACUAUCUCUUAAUGGUUCAGUUACAAGUCAAAGUUCUUGCGUUGUCCAGUCUGUGAAAGUGUGUGCAUCUGAAGCAGAAAGGCUUAAAGAGAUCAUCAAAGCCUUGGAUCAGUGUUGGAGUGGCCAGACGUGUAAUUUAGAUGUGUUAUUUAUUGUAAGAGAAGUUGUGAAGUCUCACAAGUUGGUGGCUGCACUCAAAUCCAGAAGCUAUUCCCUUUCAGUUGGGUCUGGUUCACAGAUAUAUAAUGAUAGUGUGGAUUCAGAUGUCAGAAUGAAACCAGCAGUAUCCUUGAUUGAUUUGGAGCACAUGUCCACUGCAGAUAUAGGGAAGUAUGAUAUAGUAAUUCUACCCAGUUUUGUACCCUCUAUUGAACGUUAUGGUCAUAUUUUAACAAGGAUGGCCCGCCACAGUGUGAAUGGUAUAUUGCACAGUUUCUUAACUAAAGGAGACGCAAAACUUACUGGACCACUAAUUAAAAUUCUAGAGCAGUGUGGGCAGGAAGUGCCUGAAGCAUUGCGAAACUUGAAUGUUACAGCAAACAUGAUGGAAGAGUGACUCUGAAUCUUGUUUGAUUAUCAUUGUUCAAUUCUUUCUAGCUCUGCAGCACUGAUUGCCGACACAAGGACUGAUUCCUCUUACAGCUGAUGCGACAGCAAGGAAGCUUUCAGACUGGAUGGUUAUAAUUCAUAAGCACACUGUAACGUGAAUUCACAAUACUGUGCAUACCCACUGGUGAUAUGGCAAAUUAAGAACCUGCAAAAUCAUGGGUUAUGCAUAUGUAUCUGAAGACUUUGUAUUUGCUGUGUUUAUUCAACUGAAGGAAUUUUUGUUUUGGCGUGUGGGGGAAGUAUUACAUGAUUUAUCAUCAAUAUUUUACUGCGCAGGUUUGGUAUCCUGGCAGCUUUAAAGAAGCUCUUAUUUUACAAA